AUGUAUAAUGCAACAUUUUUUUCUCACGUUUCUCCUUCAACUUUUCCUCCUAACUUCUCUUAUAAUAAAGUCUCUCCUGAGAUACCACUAGAUGAAGUGCUCGAAAUAGAGCCAUCUGAUCAAGUGCCAUUAGAGAAAAUAUGUGAAAUAGAGCCAUUUGACCAAAAUAGUACCCAUAACCUUAACUUAACUGAAAAUUCAGAAAACAUUUCUUUUAACGAGCUUAAUGAAGGUGAACCACUUUAUCCAGUAACAACAGAGAUAUGGCUUAAAAACUAUGGGUUAGAGAAAGGCUUCGCCAUUACAAUUACUCAUAGCGAAAAAGAUAAAAAGGAUAGCAUAAUCCAAUGGCGUAUUUACGCAUGUACAAGAGGUCUAAAAUAUGUGCCAAGGAAGGAAGCGCAUAUAAAAGAGAGCUGUAAUGCAGAACAUAAUAUUGAAAUGCAAGAUGAUGUUAGAUUACUUGUAACAUGUGAUGUACGCUCUGGUACAAUUGUUGAAGUGUUGCAACACAAAAAUCUGGGAAA